CCUAAUCUAACCAUAAUUAAAAAAGUCGUGGGCAAGAUAAGCGAAAUUCUUUCAUUUAAUCACAACUCCUUUCUUAUUAGCUGUUAAGUAAAGAAAUCAUUAAAAGACUUGGAAAGUAUAUUUUGGAAUUACAAUUUGAAAUGUCCAUAACAUCAACUCAAACAAGGACCUCUUCACAACACUGGACCUGCUCAGGUCACUUCCGGUAUAGUCAGUGUAACGACCCAGUACAUCCGGGCAAUACAUUGGGAGUUACAGAAUUCACCAUAUCAUUUCAACGAAAUUUGAGACGAAUAACACGUCAUUUAAUUGACGAACUAGAAAACAAAACUGCAGAAUUUGAAACAAAAAUUAUACGAUGUGAUAACUACGUGCAACGACUUCAACAAGAAAGUUUGACAAAUAUUCUUGGUUUAUAUGAUGCAGACACUUUUCACAGUGUGAAUUCGUUCACUAACAUGUACUUGAAAAUGACGGAAUUUCUCCAUCUUUAUAACAAAAUCUGGUGUUUGUUUGCAUCCAAAGCUGUAAACGAAUGCUGCUUACCGUUUGAACAAUUACAUCAUAAAGUAAAACACCGACUUUUAAGCAAAUGGUGGAUUGUACAAGAAAGUUUAGGCCAGGCUAUGGAUCAACAACACUGUGAAACAAGCGUGGUAAACUUUAGAAAUACUGAAUUGAGAUGUGAAGAUAUAAGAAAUACCAUCUACAUGCUGUUACGGAAUGCACAUUCGUUAUUGGCCGAAUCAUUAUCCUGCAUUGAUUUAAUUUAGUUAAACAUUGGUACCUCAAUGUGUAUUUCAAGUCUAACUUUUACAAUAACCUUAACAUUUAGCUACGUGCAAUAUUUUAAAUAUAGUAUUUUUCAUUGGAUGUAGGUUUUAUGCUUUCCAAAUUUGUUCAUAUUUUUACCUCAUAUACUUAUACAUAAUAUUAUAGGUAUUUGCUCUUUUCAUCAUUAUCAU